UACCGUUCAUUGACUCUUCAGUUCAAGGAAAACAGGAGCGAUACUGACAUCUAGCGGACGAGAUGGGGAACUGUCUUCCUCCGGUUGUUCUGAAUGGGACAGAUCCCCUCAUGCUGAUUGGCGUAACCAUAGAGAGCGUUGCUAUGUUACGCUGAGCGAGUCCGGAAGAAGCUGGGCUGAGCUGUUGUAGCAGUGCGGAGAAAUGGACGAUAACUUUCAGCUCGAAAAUAGCGGAGUGGGAAAAAAUAUUGCCAAGUCUGGACGAAGAGCUCGCCUCGCAGCUGACCAAUCCUCAUUUGAAGAUUCUCGCCCCACUAGGAAGUCUUCCACCUCCGCUGCAUUGGGAGAGGGCCCCCCUCCUAAACCGGCCCGGCGGCAGGGUGGCUGGGCAGAGGAAAGCUCUGGGUCUGGUUCUGCCAAAUCUGGAAGAAAAACAACAGCUGAGGACCUCGAAGACCGUCGCCUGCGACCACAAACUCCCCAGGGAUCCGAUGAUGAAGGAGACAUUCCAGUCAUCCCAGACCUGGAGGAAGUUCAGGAGGAGGAUCUCACAAUGCAAGUUGCCAUGCCACCAAGCAUCCAGGUGAACCGAGUGAUGACUUACAGAGAUCUCGACAAUGAUCUGAAGCACUAUUCUGCAUUCCAGAACUUAGAUGGAGAGAUUGACUUGAAGCUCCUCACCAAGGUUUUAGCACCAGAGCAGGAGGUGAAAGAGGAUGAUGUGAGCUGGGACUGGGAUCAUCUGUUUACAGAGGUGUCCUCAGAGCUGCUGAUGGAAUGGGAUCAAGGAGAGAAUGAGGAGCUGGGCCAGAAGGGACAGUGUCUUUAGUUCCUUAAACUUUAAUCACAGUUUUCUGAUGCGAUUAUGUUUUAUAAAUGUAUGUACAGCAUUUUUGUAUAUUUCAAACAAAGUGGCCUCUUCACAUCUUCACAUGUCUGUUAGUUUGUUGUUUUGGUUUGUCAGGUUUAACUUAGACAGCCCAAAGGCAUUUCUUCGAAAAGCCCCACUAAAAAAUGCAGUUUAAGAUAAAAAUGUCCUCUCUGUACUGGCAGCAUUAUCAACAUCCACAUACAAGUCCAAGGUUGAUAAUCAGCUAAGCUGAAAUCCAGUUGAUUGUCUUCAAAUUAACAUUCCUCAUUAAAGCCUACAACCUUAUUGUUAUUGACUAUGCCAUUGACUUUAUCUUGCAGCUCUUCGAUAGGAGCAACCCCUUAUUCACUAUUAUCUCAAAUGCAUUGAGCAGAUUUCUCAUUGACACCUGGGGGAUUAGCAUACAUUAAACCUUUUUUUACUGAAUUAAGAGGAACGCAUGUAAGUCGUGAAGAAGACAGCUGCCGCUAUAAAGUGUGCGUUCUUCACAAGAAUGUGAAAACAGAGUGAAGAGUCAGCAGGAUGUGAAAAAGAGAUGUGGUUUUUAUGUCUGAAAUAACAUUUGCUCAAAGACACUGAAGCCACUCAGUGUGAGCUUUUUCAUAUAUUUUGAAUGAGUGGAUGUGUCCAAAGUUUUGACUGGUACUGACAGAAUUACUUUGCAAGGUGCCAGCACGCAGAGAACACAUGUAUCAGCAUUCAGUUUUGUCUUUGGUUCAUGUGUGUGAAUAUAAAUGCAGGCCUCCAAAGUCAGGCCAGCUCUAUUAGGGAAACAGCUGUAACAUUUACAGAUUGUGAUUAGGUUUAUUUCUGAGGCAGACAUCGGUCUCAUGACAUUUGGAGAUGCACAGCAAAGUCCUCAAGGACACGCAAUGUACGCAUCUAACAGCUCAAUCACUGCCCAUCACAAAUAGAUCCAGAUUUUUUUCAUUUGGUCGGCGCUGAAUCAACUUCAUCAAGUGUAAUGCCUCAAGAUGAAGCUAUCAUGCAGGAUAUUUGUGCUCAGAAUAUUUCUGUGGCACUAUAUUUGAGCUCAGCACUCGUAUGCGGCGAGCGCA